AAUUCACUUCCAACGGUACCCUGGUUGAAGAAAGACAAACGGAUGACGUGAAGCCGGAAGUGGUACGUGACGUAUCGUUGGACAUGGGCUACAGCAGUGUAUCGGCUGAUGCGGUGAUGACGGUGACCAACGGGUCGCCGGUGUUGCAGAACGAUUCAUACUUUACGGCUGCGGCGUUGAGCAGGGUCGAUAAGUCGGUGAGCAGAACUGAAGCCGAGGAGAAAACGUCAGAGAAGGCGAAUGAACCGGAAACGCUAUCUGUCAAACACAAGGCGGAGAUGACUUCACACAAGAAUCCGAGCUUCAUCGACGAUGAAUGCCUUACCGCGUCGACCAUC